CUGUGGACGCCGCCGCAGCUCCCAGGGGGUUGACAAUCUGGCCAGAGAAGGAACGGGAUCAUAUCCCUGUCAGGACCCCUGUCCCCUCCAGGAACCAUGAACCGGAAAGACAGCAAAAGGUAAGAGGACUCUCCCAGGGAGACCUGGGAGAGCCAAAGGACCCUCCUCAAGGAGAUCUGGGAGAGCCAGAGUCUUGCUACCUCUGGCUGUGGCCAGUGGGGGGACAAGAGGACAAGGGGUGCCCCCAUUCCUCCAAUGGGGCUCUCGUGGGUUCGAGGGAUAAAUGAGAUGCUUCAGGGAGCUGAGCACCCGAGCCUCGGUUACUGCUGUUGUCUCUCCCUGGAGUUUGAGCUGCCCUGUAUCCCUCGAUCCCAGCUCCCUCAGCUGGCUGCCUCUGUCUUCCUUGUCCCUAUUAUGGUCACUACCCCCCUGGACUGGAAACUCCAGGCUCCUGCAGGACUGUGCCCCAGGAGAGAGGUUCAUGACGUAGGUCUCUGCAGCUUCCCUGCCUCUUAAACCACUGCUGGCUGCUCCAGGCACCACUGGGGGCUGCCGUGGAGCAGGUAAGGGUCAGGUGGCUGACUGUGCCAGCAGGAUCAGAAAUGGGCUUCUUUCUCCUGGCAUUGUUAGCCCUCCUGUCCCUGUAAGGAAAGAUGGUGCAAGGUCCCCAGCCUGGAUAGCUCCCCCAGUCUCCCUAGUGUGGUCCUGAUGAGCAAUAUGGUGAGAGAAUCUUGGGUGCCUCGGUUCCUGGCUGUGUGACCUUAGGUAAGUUACUCAAUUACUCUGUCUCAGUUUCUGCUUCUGUCAGAAUUAUCAUGGGUACUACUUUAGAGGGGAUGGAAGAACUUACUCUGUUUUGACCACCAGUUCUCAAAUGUGAGUGUGUAUGGCAGCCGCACGGAGGGCUUGAAAGCCUACCCCUAAAGAAACCGUGCUUAUAUGGAAUGCCCAGGAAGGUGAUGCUUUGGUACUUGGUGUGAGUACCUCGAGCUGCUUCCGAGUCAGUGCUCAAAUGUCCAUUAUCAUUUACCAGCUAUAUUAAGCCCUUCUGAGGUUGCAGGAGACACGGCAGAUUUAUUUUAAGGUGUCUCUGUUUGUGUUUUCACACCCAUGCCAUGCUGGAAGCCUGGCUGCUUCCUCCUGUCUUUUAUUUUUUUUUUAGAUCGUGUCUUGCUCUGUAGCCCAGGCUGAACUCAAACUUGCAAUCCCCCUGCCUCAUUCUCCCAGGCAGCUAGGAUUGCACGGUAGCACCAUCAUAUGCGACUUUCUCUCCACGUCUCACUGUCUGCUUCCCAACCAGCUGAGCCCCUUUGAGGAGCCAGGCUUACGAAUGCCGGGGAAAAUCCAAGGAUGACUUUACUUUUUCAUCUGAAGAAAGCAAGGGCUAGAAAGACAUUGGGUAACUUAUAAAGAGGCACACGGCCGGCGGAAACUCCUCGAGCCCAGUUCUGAAUGACUCUGAAGACUCGAAUCCAACCCCUCCCUCCAUUUCUCCUUUCCUUUCACAUUGUCCCUUUUCCCUCACCUGGGACAGACACCUAGGGAGGCAGACGACAAGGUUAUUUUUAAACUUUCCUUGAAGCGGCUGUGGCCCCAGGGACCCCGCCUACCUCCGAGGAGCCCAGGAGAAGCUCUGUACUUCCUCUCUGGGCUCCAAAUGUGGAGGGAGGCUAGAGGCUAAGACUCUGUGUGAAACAAGCUCAAGGAAGGGUCUGCUGCCUUGCAGAGGCAGGGCUACAUUUCUAGAGGCCUGACUGCAGGAGUCGGCUCCAUCGCUGGGCCACAGGGGCAGGACUCCUAGACUCCAGAUGUUGUUCUGGCUCUGGCAGGAACCUGAAGGCCAACUUGUGGAUACCUAAGAUGCCCUGGAGUUGGUCCGAGGGUCAUUUCCUGGGUUCCCUAAAAACUGAAGAUGAAUCCUGGGGGCUUGCUUACAACAGAUUUCCCCUGUGCUGUUUUGGGGCUAUAUUAUCCAGAGGAACUUGAAGAGAGGUGGGAAUAACAGAAAGUAACAGGGAAAAGACAAAAUACUAGGUGUGUUUUCCUGUAAAUGUGAAACCUAUAUUUAAGUAUGUGUAUACACACAUACAUAUAUAUGACAUGAAAGCAGAGGACAGGGAAGGAACCAAUGAUAUGAGGGAGGGCAGAUGGGUGGCAAAUAGGAACAAGGUAUGGGUACGAUGAUAAAGAUUAUGUGUGAUAAAUGUCAUGAUGAAACCCACUAUUUUGUAUACUAACUUUAAAAACAAUAAUUAAGUCAAUGCCUGGAGGAGGGAGUUAAGCUUAUGGAAGGCCCUCUGUUCUGGGUCUUUGACCAUGCUUGCCUGGGGAAUCUGAAAUAUUUUGGAGUUUGUUGCCCAUGAGUCCCUAGUGGGUAGCCCUGGGCCUUGGUCUUCAAGAACUUUGGUCCAUGGUGCUUAGAAGCGUUGGGAUCAAGAGGAAUUCUGAGAGUAUACAUGGAGGAAGGGACUCCCGUGAUGCUUUGCGGCGGGGGGUGUUUUGUGUGUGUCCCUACAGGAAGUCUCAUCAGGAAUGCUCUGGGAAGGCAGGCGGGCGGGGUCGGCCACGGCAGGCCCGCCGCCACAAGACGUGCCCCACCCCCCGGGAAAUCAUCAAGGUUAUGGCUUCCAUGAAUCUGGGGGUGCUGAGCGAAGGCAGCUGCAGCGAAGAUGAGUUACUGGAGAAAUGUAUCCAAUGCUUCGACUCAACUGGCAGCCUACGCCGUGGGGACCACAUUCUCAAGAUGGUGCUUACGAUGCACAGCUGGGUGCUGCCGUCCUCAGACUUUGCGACCCGGCUGCUUACCUCGUACCAGAAGGCUGCCAAAGAUGCGCAGGAGCUAAGACAGCUGCAGAUCUGUUACCUGGUCAGGUACUGGCUGACCCAUGACCCUGAGGCGGUGCACCAGGAGCCCCAUCUAGAAGAAGUCAUAGGUCGGUUUUGGGCCACAGUAGCUCGGGAGGGCAACUUGACCCAAAGAAGCCUAGGAGAUGCCUCCAACCUACUAAGUCCCAGAGGGCCCGGCCCCCCACCUCCCAUGAGCAGCCCAGGCCUGGGCAAGAAGCGCAAAGUGUCCUUGCUGUUCGAUCACUUGGAGACAGAGGAGCUGGCUCAACACCUCACUUACCUGGAGUUCCGGGCCUUCCAGGCCAUCACACCCCAAGACCUGCGGGGCUAUGUUUUGCAGGGCUCAGUGAGGGGUUGUCCCGCUCUGGAAGGUUCUGUGGGUCUGAGCAACAGUGUGUCCCGCUGGGUACAGGUCAUGGUACUGAGCCGUCCUGGGCCUGCACAACGGGCCCAGGUAUUGGACAAAUUCAUUCAUGUGGCACAGAGGCUUCACCAGCUACAGAAUUUCAACACACUGAUGGCGGUCACGGGUGGCCUGUGUCAUAGUUCCAUCUCCAGGCUGAAAGACUCCCACAGCCACCUGAGCCCCGACAGCACUAAGGCACUGCUGGAGCUGACAGAACUCCUCGCCUCCCACAACAACUAUGCCUGCUACCGCCGUACCUGGGCCAGCUGUACUGGCUUCCGACUGCCCAUACUGGGUGUACACCUCAAGGACCUGGUGUCCCUGUAUGAGGCCCAUCCAGACAGGUUGCCGGAUGGCCGCCUGCACCUCCCCAAGCUGAAUAGCCUCUACCUACGGCUGCAGGAGCUGGCAACACUCCAGGGACAGCAUCCCCCCUGCAGCGCCAGUGAGGACCUGCUGCAUCUGCUGACGCUCUCCCUGGAUCUCUUCUAUACCGAAGAUGAGAUCUACGAGCUUUCUUAUGCCCGGGAACCACGCUGUCCCAAGAGUCUGCCACCCUCCCCCUACAAAGCCCCUCUAGUGGCGGAAUGGGCCCAUGGUGUGACCCCAAAGCCAGACAGCGUGACCCUGGGUCAGCAUGUGGAACAACUAGUGGCGUCCGUGUUCAAGAACUAUGACCCAGAAGGCCAUGGCACCAUCUCCCUGGAGGACUUUGAGCGACUGUCAGGCAACUUCCCCUUUGCCUGCCAUGGGCUUCACCCACCUCCCCGCCACGGGAGCGGCUCCUUCAGCAAAGAAGAGCUGACGGAAUACCUGCUCCGCGCCAGCGCCAUCUGCUCCAAGCUGGGCCUGGCCUUCCUGCACACCUUCCAUGAAGUCACCUUCCGGAAGCCCACCUUCUGUCACAGCUGCAGCGGCUUCCUCUGGGGUGUCACCAAGCAAGGUUAUCGCUGUCGGGACUGUGGGCUGUGCUGUCACAGACACUGCAAGGACCAAGUGAGAGUGGAGUGCAAGAAGAGGCCGGAGACGAAGGGUGAGCCUGGUCCCCCAGGGGCGCCUGUGCCAGCCGCACUUCCUCCUGCCAGCUGUGGCUCUGAGGAAAAUCUCUCCUACACACUACCCCUGGAUGCUGAGUCUGGUUGCCACCUUCGCCAUGCUUGGACCCAGACGGAGUCCUCACACUCUUCCUAGGAGGCGGAGAUGGUGCCCUUUCCAGCACCGGUUUCAGCACCCAAAGCUUCCUCAAAGCCCCGUGCCUGAACAGCAUCUGGAGUCUUCCCCUAGAAAAGGUUCUUCUGCACUGCACUGACUGUCAGCCAUAUUCCCUCCGGCCUCACUUAGCAUAUGCGGCUCUGUGUUGGAUGGAUUUGGACUCCCGUCACGUCAUCUCCCCAACUCCCCACUUCCCAUAUAUGGAGACUAAAGCUUCAUGCUCCAAGUGAAGCUGUGAACCAGUGGACCAUAUUGCCUGCUGGCACGGGUCUAGAGAUUGUUAAGAAUGGAAGGACAGAGUCCUAACCAAUGUCAGCAAAGAGGCUGGUGUGGGCAGUGCGUGUGAAAUGUCUUCCCCUGCUCAGGGCCUCCUGCAGCUUGCUCAAGGUGAAACCCAGUCCUAGGUUUACAAAGCUCUGCAAAAUCUGUCCCCAGCACCCAUCUCCCCUGUCCAUACCUCCCCUCCUUACUCCUCUCCCGCCUACGAUGGCCUCCAUGUUCCUUUGCACUAGCCAUCCCCUUUUCUGAAAAGUUCUUUGUAUGGCUCACCUGCUCCUCAGUGACGUCACACACUCAGUCUGACCCUCCCCUGCUGCUCUCUUUCUCCAUGGUGCUUUGGUCCUCUAACCAACUAGACAUUUCACCUGUUUGCCUUCCUUCCCGGGAAGAGCUCCCAAAAGACAGAGAUGUUUACCCACACUAUCCCGCUGUGCCCCAGUUACCUAGACCUGUAAAGUGUUUGUCCAGUGCUUCAAUGGGUCUUUCCCCACACCCACAUGAGAAGCAAAAAGCUUAUCCCAACCUGGGGGCAGAAACUCCCCCUUGCCCCUCCACAAACACACACCUUGAGCCAGUCCCUAUACGGAAAUAGAUCCGAUAACCAUCAAAAGAAUUAAAUUUAUUUUUCAGACAA